GGAGCACAAAUCCUGUCCUCCUGCAGUGGAUUUUGGAACCUCACUCUCAGGUUCACUCUGCGCCUGGACGCGUCCCCCCUCCAGACUCACAGAGCCUCAUUACGCUUAGCCGCGCGCUCGCCCCACGAGCUCCCCUCCAAGAUGAGGUACCUGGCGCUUCUCGUCAGCCUCCUGCUGGUCCCCGCAUCCGACUGCUUCGAGUUUGUGAUCGACGGAGAGCUGGAGAGCGACCUUCCCUCGUAUGCAGCAGACACAUCCAUUCAUCGAUAUUUGAAAUUUAGGAGGAGCGUAGUGGCCAAUGGUGAAGAAGAGGAAGAAGACGAUUCUGAGGCCGCUGUGGGAGAUGGUGUGACCGUGCACAGCUACAAAGUGGAGAGCCGCAUCACGUCACGCUUUGGCCACUCCACGGUCAAGAGCUCCGUGUCCAACUCGGCACAACAGGCCCAGAGCAUCGCCUUCAAUGUGCAGAUCCCCAAGCGGGCCUUCAUCACCAACUUUACCAUGAAUGUGAAUGGGGUAACAUUUGUUGGAUCCGUGAAGGAGAAGGGCGUGGCCAGGAGCCUCUAUGCCCAGGCCAGAGCCAGAGGCAAAGCUGCGGGGAUAGUGAGAUCCAACGCCUUGGACAUGGAGACGUUCAAGACAGAGGUGCAUGUGCCAGCAAGCAGCAGGAUUGAGUUUGAGCUGCACUACCAGGAGAUGAUGCAGAGGAAGCUGGGAUCAUACGAGCACUACCUGCACCUGCAGCCCGGGAGACUGGUGCCCCAACUGCAGGUGGAUGUUUAUAUUUAUGAGCCGAAGGGCAUUGCCUUUGUUGAAGCUCCAAGCACGCUCGGAGAGCAGUUUAAAGAACUGAUCAAAAUAACCAAAACCAAAGACAAGGCCCAUGUGGUCUUCAAGCCGACACUGCAGCAGCAGAAGAAGUGCUGGAACUGCACCGCCAGUGGAGUGGAGGGAGUGUUCACCGUCAAAUACGACGUGCUGAGGGACAGCAACGCGGGGGAGCUGCAGGUGUCAGAUGGACAUUUCGUGCAGUUUUUCGCCCCCUCCAACCUCGCCCCUCUUCCCAAGAACAUCGUGUUCGUCAUCGACGUGAGCGGCUCCAUGUGGGGACUGAAAAUGAAGCAGACAGUUGAGGCUAUGAAGACCAUCCUGGAUGACCUCACCAUAGACGAUUACUUCAGCGUCAUAGAUUUCAACCACAACGUGCGCUGCUGGAGCGAGGACCUUGUGCCCGCCAGCACCAUCCAGGUGGGAGAGGCCAAGAAGUACAUCCAGAGCAUCAAACCCAACGGAGGUACCAACAUCAAUGAGGCUCUGCUGAGAGCCAUCCACAUGCUGACCAAAGCGUCCAACCACGGCCUCAUCGACCCCCGCUCUGUCUCCAUGAUCAUCCUGGUAUCGGAUGGGGACCCCACAGUGGGUGAGAUCAAGCUCAGCGCCAUCCAGAAGAACGUGAAGCGUUACAUGCGUGAGGAGUUCUCGCUCUUCUCCCUGGGGAUUGGCUUCGACGUCGACUACGACUUCCUGGAGCGUAUGGCAUUGGAGAACCGUGGCAUCGCACAGAGGGUGUACGCCAGCCAGGAUGCCGCCGAGCAGCUGCAGAACUUCUACAGCCAGGUGUCCUCCCCACUCCUGAGGAAGAUCACCAUCCAGUUCCCUGAAGAUUCCGUGACCGACGUCACUCAGAACCACUUCGACAAGUACUUCAGUGGCUCCGAGCUGGUGGUGGCUGGGAAGGUUCAGCAGACUGGCACCAACACCCUGCACAGCUUCACAACCGCCUCCUCUACAAAGAUGGACCUGUCUCUCCAGACGGAGGCGGACUGCCAGAAGCUGGACUCACUCCUUAGUCACCACUCUCACUCCUUCGCCGGCUUCGGCAGGCAGAUGUGGGCCUACAUCACCAUCAACCAGCUGCUGGCUGAACGGUCUCUGGCCCCCACUGCUGUCAAGAAGAGGGAAAUCACACAGAAGAUUCUGAAGCUGGCUUUGGAGCACCAGUUUGUGACACCGCUGACCGCAUUGCUGGUGGAGAGUGAAGGGGGGCAGGAGAGGCUGCUGGCCGAUUCCCCUAAGGACCCCAAACAGGGCUGCUGCUCAGGCAUUACUUCUUUGGGCAAGAAGACGCCAGUCCACAUGGUUCACAGUGUUCCUCCCUGGGCCCCGAUAACCACUCCAGCACCCCCGAGCGAGGUGGAGCGCCCUCUACCUGACCACAUCACCAUAGUUGAUAAUGACCCCCACUUCAUCAUUCACUUGCCCAAGAGGAAUAUGGACAUCUGCUUCAACAUCGACUCCGAACCCGGACACAUUCUCAACCUUGUGUCUGAUCCUGGAUCAGGUGUUGUGGUGAACGGUCAGCUCAUAGCCGGGAAGCACAUGGAGGACAGGAAGCUCAACACUUACUUUGGCACCAUCAGCGUGUCUUACAAGCCACAGGGGAUCAGAGUGGACGUCAGCACUGACCACAUCACCCUGACAGACGGGAAGGGCGACCACUCCCUCACCUGGGCAGCCACGGCCGAGGCCAUUCUCGACGGAGUGAAGGUCUCCAUCACGAAGGACAGUCACGUGACCGUGACGGUGGAUGAGAAGAUAACCGUCACCGUCCUGCUCCACCGUGUGUGGAAGAAGAACCCAGUCAAUGUGGACUUCUUGGGCAUCUACAUCCCCAGCGACAACGCAUACUCUGCCUUCGUCCACGGCCUCAUUGGCCAGUUUUCAGUCGAGCCUGAGGUGAAAGUAUACGACUUUCACGAUGGUGCUGAUCCCUUGAAGAUGGAAGCCACCAUGGAGGUGAACGGGAACAAACUGGCUGUGACCAGGGGGUGGCAGAAAGACUACAGGAGAGACAGGAAGCGAGGCUCUGACAUCUACUGCUGGUUCAUUCACAACAGCGGAAAGGGCUUCAUCGAGGGCCAUUACAAGAACUACAUUGUUCCUCAGCUGGACAGCUUCCUCCAGCAACUCUGAGAGGCAUACAGCUUAAACUGGGCCAAAAUUAAGCACAGUGAAAAAGAAAAGGUGUUUGGGCAUCU